CGAGGUUAUAAAAGCCGCCCGCCGCCGUUGGCUUCGCGCGUUUGAGGCCUGUGGUCGUCGUGUGAGGUUCCUGCGAAGUCGGUGAUAUCAGAAUGUCUGCAGGGAAUGCUAAAAUUGGGCACCCGGCCCCCAACUUCAAAGCCACAGCUGUCAUGCCAGAUGGGCAGUUCAAAGAGAUAAGCCUCUCUGACUACAAAGGGAAAUAUGUGGUGUUCUUUUUCUACCCCCUUGACUUCACCUUCGUGUGUCCAACGGAGAUCAUUGCGUUCAGUGAGCGAGCCGACGAGUUUAAGAAAAUCAACUGUCAAGUGAUCGGCGCUUCGGUGGAUUCGCAGUUCUGCCACCUUGCUUGGAUCAAUACGCCCAAGAAACAAGGUGGACUCGGUCCCAUGAACAUCCCUUUGGUAUCUGACGCGAAGCGCCGCAUCGCUCUUGACUACGGGGUCUUAAAGGAAGACGAAGGCAUCUCGUUCAGGGGUUUGUUCAUCAUCGACGAGAAAGGAGUCCUGCGGCAGAUCACCAUCAACGACCUUCCCGUCGGCCGCUCCGUGGAUGAGACCCUACGGCUGGUGCAGGCUUUCCAGUUCACGGACAAGCACGGGGAAGUGUGUCCUGCUGGCUGGAAACCUGGAAGUGACACCAUCAAGCCUGACGUGGAGAAGAGUAAAGAGUAUUUCUCCAAGCACAAAUAAGCUGGCUCUCUUCCCUGAAGCCUGCAACUCUCAGCUUGCCGUCUUGAUGUAAGAAGAACAAAUGCUAAUAUUUUUCAUUGUUUUCAAUCCCGGGGCGGGGGGGGCUUUAGACCCAGCCAUGCCAAGUGGCUAAGUGCUUGGUUUGGGGUGAACCAAAUGAUUCUUGUGAAUAAUGCACUAGGAGUGUGUACUGUGGAACGGCAACAGGCCUAAUGUUACCUCCAGGAAUAACUGACAACCUGUAGUCCUAUUAAAACCUAAGAAGUGUCCUCCUC